AUGGUACACAAUAAAAAAUAUGAAAUAAUAUUGGAAAAUUUUGAUAAAUAUGCUGUUGAAGUGAAAGAAACUUUAAUUUAAUAGAAAGAACUUUCUUCAAAAACAACAUAUAUUUAAACUUUCAUAAUAGCAUUUUAUUCUUUAUAUACAGCAAUGACACUUGGAUGA